ACUUCUAUAUUUUAAAGGUGCCUUGUCCAAUUUUGUAAUUUGGCCUUAUUUUUGUUUGUUAUAUUGUAUUACCAUGUGGUCGGUUUGGUCAAUUAGUAGUAUGAAUGUAUCCUUGUCAAUUAUUUUCAUGUCUUUUAAGUCCAAGUAUGUUGAUGAUUUCCCUUCUGAAUGGGUAAACUCUACUGAAUGUUUGACGCGAGUUGAAUCCAUUUGUAAGGUAGCUGAACACACUUGAUCAAUUUAUGUAUUUCAAGCAUGAUAAUGAGUAAAUUUCAUGAGUAGAAUCCAAUUUCAGCUACAAUGGAGUUCGUGAAAUUGGCAUAGAAGUUGUGUCAUUUUGUUGUUCGAGUGUAAUGAACAGAUUAAUCCAUGGCCUGAAGCCGCCAUGUCCUCCGCCCAUAGCCAACGGCAGCACCAAGUCAUUCAACUCCAUCAUAAAUCGCCUUUCUUCUCAAGGUGCUCACCAUCAAGUUCUUCAAACCUAUGCUUCUAUGCAAAAGACCAGUACCCCACCAGACGCUUACACCUUCCCCAGCCUCCUCAAAGCAUGUACCAUUUUGAACUUGUUUUUAGAUGGUCUCUCACUCCAUCAAUCUAUCAUCGUUAAUGGGUUCUCUCUCGAUUCCUAUAUUGGGUCUUCACUCAUUAGUUUCUAUGCCAAAUUUGGGUGCAUUGAUAUUGGUCGCAAAGUGUUUGAUAUAAUGCCUGAAAGAAAUGUUGUUCCUUGGACUACCAUUAUUGGGUGCUAUUCCCGGGAGGGAGAAAUUGACGUUGCUUUUUCAAUGUUCAAACAGAUGCGGGCCACUGGAAUUCAGCCCACUUCUGUUACCUUAUUGAGUCUGCUUCCUAGUAUUUCAGAGCUUCCUCUUCUUCAGUGUUUGCACUGUUGGAUUAUUUUGUAUGGUUUUGAGUCAAAUUUAUCUUUAUCGAAUUCCAUGGUGAAUGUGUAUGGUAGAUGUGGCAGCAUUGAGGAUGCAAGAAGCUUGUUUGAGUCGAUGGAUUAUAGAGACAUAGUUUCUUGGAAUUCAUUAUUAUCAGCCUAUUCGAAAAUCGGAGUUAUUGAAGAAAUAUUGCAGCUUGUACUUGGAAUGAGGACUGAAGAUAUCAAACCUGACAAGCAGACUUUUUGCUCUGCUCUGUCUGCUUCUGCUAUAAAAGGUGAUAUUAGAUUAGGUAAGUUGGUGCAUGGUCUGAUUAUUAAAGAUGGAUUAGGUAUAGAUCAACAAGUGGAGACAGCUCUUAUGGUGUUGUACUUGAGGUGUAAAAGUUUGGAUCUCGCGCUUAAAGUUUUUAAAUCGACUACUGAAAAAGACAUGGUCCUAUGGACAGCAAUGAUAUCAGGACUUGUGCAGAAUGAUUGUGCCGACAAGGCAUUAAGGGUCUUCUAUCAAAUGUUGGAAUCAAACAUGGAGCCGGGUACUGCUACCUUAGCUAGUGCUCUCGCAGCCUGUGCACAACUUGGUUGUUACGACAUUGGUACCUUGAUUCAUGGUUAUAUAUUAAGGCAAGGAAUAAUGCUAGACAUUCCUGCUCAAAACGCCCUUGUCACCAUGUAUGCUAAGUGUAAUAGGUUGGAGCAAAGCUGUGGAAUUUUUAAUAAGAUGGUUGAAAGGGAUUUAGUUUCUUGGAAUGCUAUUGUGGCUGGACAUGCUAAAAAUGGCUACUUAAGCAAGGCCAUCCUUUUCUUCAAUGAAAUGAGAACAAGCCUUCAAAGGCCCGACUCAAUAACUGUGACCUCACUUCUACAAGCUUGUGGUUCUGCUGGUGCACUUUGGCAGGGAAAAUGGAUUCACAACUUCGUUUUUAGAAGUUCCCUUAUGCCAUGCAUUAUGAUCGAAACGGCUCUAAUUGACAUGUACUUCAAAUGUGGAAACUUAGAGAUUGCUCAGAAGUGUUUUGAUUAUAUGCCACAUCAAGAUCUUGUAACAUGGAGCACACUUAUUUCUGGAUAUGGUUUUAAUGGAAAUGGGGAGAUUGCUUUGAGAAAAUAUUCAGAGUUUCUUGGCACAGGGUUGGAACCAAAUCAUGUUAUUUUCCUUUCAGUUCUCUCUGCUUGUAGUCAUAGUGGGCUUGUUAACCAGGGCUUGAGAAUAUACGAGUCAAUGACUAGAGAUUUCCUAAUGCCGCCAAAUCUUGAGCACCGAGCUUGCAUCGUUGACCUGCUGAGUCGAGCUGGAAAGGUUGAAGAGGCAUAUAGCUUCUAUAAAAUGAUGUUUCAAGAACCCUCAAUAGAUGUUUUAGGCAUACUCCUCGAUGCUUGUCGUGUUAAUGGCAGCGUCGAACUUGGUGAGGCUAUUGCUAGAGAUAUCUUUGCAUUAAAGCCCGUGGAUCCUGGAAACUAUGUGCAAUUGGCACAUAGUUAUGCAUCAAUGGGUAGAUGGGAUGGAGUGGAAGAGGCUUGGACCCAAAUGAGGUCUCUUGGUCUGAAAAAACUUCCUGGUUGGAGUUCUAUCGAGGUUCAUGGAACCAGUUUUUCAUUUUAUUCAGUUCACAAUUCACAUCCUAAGAUUGAAGAAAUAAUGUUGACAGUGAAAUCAUUGAGCAACGAUAUUAGAAAAAUGCAUAUUGAAAAUGAGAUUAACAAGGAUUUUUGUUGAAACUUCUUGAGAUGCAAUUGCUCCUCCACCAUCCUUAAUUUUGUUUGGGCCCUUAAAGGGAAGAGACGAGAUAGAAGUCUUGAGCUUACCUAGAAGAUGCUGUCUUGAACCAAUUGGUAGUGUGCUUGGCAUGUUUUUCUACUGUUAUUACCAUCAAUCAAGAUGCUAGUGCACAUCAUGUUUCUCUACAUGAGCAGAAAGCUUAGGUAAAUUACCAAAAUCUUGCUUCGAAGAGGAGUGAUACUGUGAAAGGACUGAGUUUCACAAGGAAAAAAGUGUUCUCUGGUUGCAGACUAUAUUAGACAUCUCAGUAAUUCAAUCAAGGCAUUUUCAGUUGUAGGACUAUGCCCCAUUAUCAAUUCAUUUGGCGCAACCCCCAAGGCUUGUCGCAUAAUGAGUUUUCUAGAGAGGGAGCUGAUUCUAAGUUGGUGAAAGGGCUUAGAAAAUAGAGGAUGAGAAACAAAGAUGAGCUAAGCUACAAGCUGAGGGAUUGGCUUUUGCCAUUGGGAAAAUAUUGACGAGAGUUUGAAUACUUCUUCGAUGUUACUCUCAUGGAGUCAUGGAGAUGGGAAUUUUCUGUGUCCAAAGAAGAGUCUGGUGUAUAUAUUAUUUCCCAUUGUUUCAAAUUUUUAUUGACUCUGUAAUGUUGUAUUUCAUUUCAUAUUUACGUGUAUUCACAAGCUUUCAAGAUAUGCAUGAUGAUAUCUAAAUUCUGCAUGAACAAGAUAUUUAUUUAUCGCUUGAAAAAAAUAUUUUUCUCCUGGAAGAA